AUGGUGCCGGGCAAGCUGCGCGUGGCGGUCAUUGGGGCAGGGGCCUGCGGCCUGUGCGCGGCCCGGCACUUGCUGGCCUCUCCGGCGACCUUUGCCCCUCCGGUGGUCUUUGAGGCCUCUGCCCAGGUGGGGGGCACCUGGGUCUACACUGAGGAGACAGGCCAGGAGGGCCGGCCCGUCCACUCCAGCAUGUACCAGGACCUCAGGACCAACCUGCCCAAGGAGGUGAUGGCCUUCCCGGACUUCCCCUUUGAACCCUCCCUGCCUUCCUUCUUGCACCACUCCGCCGUCCUGGACUACCUGCAGCGCUACGCAGAGACCUUCCACAUCCGGGAACACAUCCGGUUCCAGUGGCAGGUGGACGACGUCCAGCCCCUGGCCAAAGGAGAGGGCGGCCCCAGCGGAUGGGCAGUCAAGGCCUCUUGGCAAGGGCCACCGGCAUCAUCCGAGGGGCAGCCGGACACGGUCACGGAGCACUUUGAUGCUGUCAUGGUUUGCACGGGGCACUACUCCGUCCCCUUUGUGCCCGCCAUCCCAGGACUGGACAGCUUCCCAGGCCUCAUGCUGCACAGCCACUCCUUCCGCCGCAAGGACCCCUUUGCCGGCCUCUCGGAGGUGGUCUUGGUGGGCGGAGGACCCUCCGGGGUGGACCUGGCCCUGCUGCUCUCAGACACGGUGACUGGCCGUGUGGUCCUGAGCCACCGAAGGGCCCCUUUUUGUGGCCUGCCCCCCAACGUGGCCCAGGUGCCCCCCAUCACCCGGGUGGAUGGGCGCAGGGUGGUCUUUGAGGACGGCUCUGAGGCGCGGCCCGAGGCCCUGGUGCUGUGCACAGGCUACCGGGCGUGCUUCCCCUUCCUGCCCCUGGAGCGGCUGGGCCUGCGGGAGGAGGAGCAUGGGCUGGCCCCACUCUACCGGCACCUGCUGCCCCCAUGCCACCCGACCCUCUUCCUGCUGGGCCUCUGCCAGCUGAUCUGCCCCUUCCCGCACUUCCACUGCCAGACCGUCUUUGCCUUGGCGGUCCUGGCCGGGCGCUGCCCGCUCCCCUCCGCAGCCGAGAUGGAGGCCGAAGCCCGGGCCGAGCUGGACGGCUACCUGGCGGCUGGCGGGGAGCCCAGGCACUUUCUCUGGCUGCAGGAGCGGCAGUGGAGCUACGCGGAAGGGCUGGCCCAAGCGGCGGGGUCUCCCUCGCUGCCGACGUUCAUCCAGGAGAUCUGGGCGGUGGUGCGGGAGCAUCGGGCGCAAGACAUGGGACACUACCGGGACAAGAACUACCGCUUGCUGGGCCCUGAUUCCUGGGAGGUGGUGGAGGACUCUGACCAGAAUGGACAGGCCAAGUGACCCCGAAGUGGAGUGCCUGCUUGCCUGCCCGCCCAACUGCCUGCCCUGCGGCGGUCUCUGCUUGAGGCCCAGAAGAGAGACGGUGCUGCAAAUCAGAGGAGAGAGACCAGCCGGGCAGGAGCCUCCUCUCAGGGGUACCCCCCCCACAAAAAAAAGGCACUUAGGAUUCCCUGGAUUUGCAGUCACAGGCACCGGCAAUAUCUGCAACAUGCACACUUCUCUGCGCCUGUACUUCUUAAAUCAAGCACAUUGGAACACUAUAUUUCAGCCAAGAGCCCCUGGCCAGGCACUGUUUAUUGUUGUUCCAAAUUAUUUACAGUUACACCCAGACGGUCACGGCGGAAGAGAGAGACCAAGCACAUGGUCAAGUCAGGCCUUUUAUCUCUUUGCCGUGAGCGAUUAUCUCUGUGUUGACAUCCCAGACAUGACACCUGUCUCCCUUGACCGGAGGUGUCGUUCUGGUUCGGCCUCUCUGGGCACUGCGUGACUGCAACCCUUAUAGCAGUGUUUCUCAACCUGGGGGUCGGGACCCCUGGGGGGGUCGCAAGGGGGUAUCAGAGGGGUCACCA